AUGACAAAGAAAACGACGGAAGGAACUUCUAUUGACAUGACUGAUUUACAAGCAUUACUCGUUGAGAUGCAGACCACUAAUCUACAACAAGGCAACGCGAUCACGACUGCACUAGCUGCUGUAACAGACCGCUUCGACGCCUUAACCAAUGCCUUAACGACUCGUUUGGACCCUCAAACCAAUCCGGUCGCUAACGCCCCACUACAACCCGCACAACAUCAUCCGCCUCCACUUCACCACCACCAACCACUACCACAAUAUCAAGCACCUGCUCGCCAUCACCAACAGAAUCGUCCACCUCCACCUCACGGUCCCCGACAACAACAACAGAGGAACCAACGACAACAUCCUUACUACGAGGACGAAGACGACAUUCACCAGCGCUUGUUUUAUGAAGAUCUUCGCCAACAUGAUCACCACGACGAUCGUUGGGAAAGAAGCUUUCGGGUGGAUAUUCCAGAGUUUCAUGGUGGCCUCCGAGGUGAUGAACUUAUCGAUUGGCUAAUUUCCGUGGAAGAAAUCCUGGAGUUUAGACAGGUUCCAUUAGAUCGACGUGUCCCUCUUGUAGCCAUACGUUUUCGCGGCCAUGCUGCAACCUGGUGGAAACAGCUCAAGACAACUCGAUCUCGCACGGGGAAGGAACCGAUCAAUUCAUGGGACAAACUAACAAAACAUCUCCGACAAACGUUUCUGCCGCACAAUUAUAUGCGCACCAUGUAUACAAAAAUGCAGAACAUGCGCCAGGGUAACCGAAGUGUAGACGAGUAUGCUGAGGAAUUCUCACUGUUGUUAACUCGUAAUGAGAUCAACGACAGUCAAAUACAGCUCGUUUCACGUUUUAUUGGCGGCUUACGACCACAACUUCAAAAUUCAAUGGCACAGUUUGAUCCUUCCACCAUUGACGAAGCUCAUCGUCGCACAGCAUCGUUCGAACAGCAGUCAAAGUUGUCAAACUGGAAUUCAUCAACAUCGAGAUCUCGUACUCAGGACUCGGCAAACAGUAACACUCCAUCAACAUCGACUAAAGAGGCCAGUGAAGCGGCAGCAUCUACUACUAAACCCAUUGCCCAAGAUGAGCAACAACUUAGGCGUUCUACUAGGCCUACCACAUUGCGUUGCUAUUCGUGCGGUGAACCAGGGCAUCACAUAUCAUCAUGUCCCCACACAACUCGUCGAGGGUUAGUACUCGAUGAUGCUGCUGAGGAUCAAGAUGUUUAUGAUUCUCAAGAGGAGGAUGACCAAGACGGAGACAACACCGAGAUUCAUACCGCCGGUGAUAGUGGACGACUAUUAGUCCUUCGUCGCGCUUGUCUAGCGCCGGUAACACAAGACGAGCAGUGGCUUCGUACUAAUAUUUUUCGUUCUACCUGCACCAUCAAAGACAGAGUCUGUAGCUUUGUCAGCGAUUCGGGAAGCUGUCGUAAUGUGAUUUCAGAAGAAGCAGUUGACAAGCUCGGCAUCAAGGGAGAGAAACACCCGUCACCCUACAACCUUGGCUGGCUCAAUAACACGGCAACUAUCCGUAUUACACAACGGGCAAUAGUUCCAUUCUCCAUUGGGCCACACUACCGAGAUCGCAUGUAUUGUGACAUUGCACCAAUUGAUUUUUGUCAUCUUCUUCUCGGGCGUCCGUGGGAAUUUGAUCGACGAGUUAUGCAUGAUGGCGCAAAGAACACUUACAGUUUCGUCUGGAACACACAGAAGAUUGUUCUACUUCCAUCAAAAGACUCGGCACCAUCAACUCUUACUCCCCCUCCGACAGACUCGCUUCCUCCAUCUCGCUCGAAACCAACAACCUCAGCCACCACGACACUUCUCUGUUCUUAUACGGAUUUCAUGACAGAACUUCGGAUGGAAAGAUAUGCUUUCGCCCUAGUACCCUCCGCGGGUCAGAUCCAUGCCCAUUCUUCACCGCUACCGGCAUUGACAUCGGUACUAACUGACUUUGCGGACGUCUUUCCUACCGAACUCCCUGAGGGAUCACCACCACUUAGGGAUAUUCAACAUCAGAUUGAUUUGGUUCCAGGCGCGACAUUACCAAAUAGACCACACUAUCGCAUGAGCCCACUUGAGCAUGAAGAAUUACGAAGACAGGUCAAAGAUCUUUUGCGCAAAGGCCACAUUAAGGAGAGUCUCAGCCCUUGUGCCGUACCUGCUCUCUUAAUACCUAAGAAGGAUGGAUCAUGGCGUAUGUGUGUAGAUAGCCGCGCAAUCAACAAAAUUACAACACGUUACCGUUUUCCGAUUCCCCGCUUGGAUGAUCUUUUGGAUCAAAUUGGUUCGGCCAAAAAAAUUUCCAAGAUCGACCUUAAAAGUGGUUAUCAGCAGAUACGUAUACGACCCGGAGACGAAUGGAAGACAGCUUUUAAGACCCGCGAAGGCCUCUUUGAAUGGUUGGUAAUGCCUUUUGGUAUCUCUAAUGCUCCCAGCACAUUCAUGCGCAUUAUGAACCAAGCAUUGCGACCAUUCAUUGGACGGUUCGUCGUCGUCUAUUUUGAUGAUAUACUUAUCUUUAGUUCUUCCAUCUUUGACCAUACCGAGCAUCUUAGACAAGUUCUUACUGUCUUGCGAUCUGAAAAACUGUUUGCCGCCAAACAAAAGUGUGAAUUCGGGGUCUCACAAGUACUUUUCCUUGAUAUGUGGUGUCCGAUCAAGGGCUCUCUGUCGAUCAAACGAAGAUUGCGGCAGUUAAAACAUGGCCGAUACCAAAAACAGUCUCGGAGGUUCGAAGUUUCCAUGGACUAG